UUAUGAAAUCUAUGGAGAGAAACUCCAAGUAUGUGAGUACUAAGUUCUGGAUCAUGGAUCCUUAUUUCAUUGUUCGAGCUAAGGGCACGGAGUCGGUCUUAACUCCCCCUGUCGGGUGUGUCUCUGUGUAUCAUCAAAGUAUGCAGAUGGGACUUAGGUUCCCCUUGCAUCCUUUUAUCAAAGAGUUACUCAACAGUUAUCAGCUCACCCUUACUAAUCUUCUCCCGAAUAGCUGGUUGACCAUUAACGGGUUUAUCGCCGUUUGUGAACUUCUCGGGGUGGCCCCGAGUUUGCGCUUGUGGCGCAACACCUUUACUCUAAUGCUUGGUCCAGCUGACCGUCAUGGCCCGGGAUGGUUCCGCUUUCAAUGUCGCCCGGGGUAUAAGGUGGUUCGCGACCCUCCUUCGAACCAAAAAGGAUUCCGCCGCAUGUUUUAUCAUGUUUAUACAAAUGCCGAGUGGGGCAUCCCUAUCUUGCCUCCCGAGGAAGGGCCUAGGUUUCGAUUGAACCAGACGGUUCCCGAGAUGUCUCGAAAAGAGGCCAUUGUGGCGAUCUAUCUUACCACCACCCCGAGGACGGAGUCGGGAGAUCUAGCUUAUGUGCCCUCCAACUGGUUGCCUAUCCGGCAUACCAUCCGGGACGAGAUGUUCCUGGCGGCUGUAGGCUUGAGUUGUAGCUGCGACAAGGGUAAUUUUCUUCCAAGUCUUUCUGAACUGCCUUUUAAUGCUAAAGAUUUGACGUUUGUUUGUUUCAGGUGUUGCCCGAGCUCGUUUGGAUCCGGCGAUGGCUGAACACUUCACCGAUGGAGCUGACUUGGCUGCGAGACUCAUGGCGGAGCUUGAUGCAGAGAUCAUGUCGGUGCCACCACCUCCUAAGGAUACCGAGACCAAGAAAGCCAAAAAGCCCCAUGUUCGCUCCCGAAAGCUGAAGGGAGAUGUGGAGAAGGCUCAGGCUGCUGAGAAGGCGGCCUCUAAGAGGGUGGCCUCUGAGAAGGCGGCUUCCAAGGUGUCUGAGAAGGCAUCUUCGGGGGUCUCCUCUGGGAGUAAGCGUAAGGUCGGGAGCUAUCCCGAGCAAGCCCUGGGGGAUUUUGAGGAGCCUCUCCAGAAGCGCUCCCGAAUUGAGAAAUUCGGGAUCGACCUUCCUAUUACUGAACUGAGCUCUGCCCAGAAGAUGGCUCGGGUAAGGGCAGCUGUCAAGGACAUCUAUACCGAUGCUGAUGACAAGGCCAUGCUGGAUUUGGGCCUAGGAGAGAUCAAUGCCUUAUACGAAUCAUGGCUUGAGACCUCCAUCCGCAUGACGUCGGUGAUAAAUCGACGCUCUCAGUUCGAGCACGGUGUUAAUGACCUUAAAGGUCAAGUUGAGGGCCUUAACAAGACUGUCACGGACCAUGAAGCUGAGAUUCUUCGCCUCAACACCGAGCUUAAUUCCCAAAAGGAGACUUUCGAGGAGGCCUCGAAGGCGGUGAAUGAGCACAAGGCGCUGUUGGAGAGCAAAAAGAAGUUAGUGGCAGAUCUGGAGACCGUCACCCUCGCGCGCAAUACUGCGCAGAAGGACCUUGCUGAGGCGAAGGUGAAGCUAGCGAAGUCGAAGAAGAAGAUUCGUCACCUCGACCGUAAGCUGAAGGAAGCUUCUUCCCAGGCGCAGGUCGAGCAUGGCAAGUUCCUCGAAAGCUGGAAGAGGUCUCCCGAGGGACUCGACUUCAUUGGUCAGAUGGCUUCCCGUUCUUAUGCUAUGGCAGUUCGGGAUACUAAGGAACGCUUGAAGGGCGUACUGACGGGUCCCGACUCCACCUUGGACUGGAGUGGAGUGGAGGCGGCCUACAAUGCCCGUAUUGCUGAGGAGAAGCGAUUGAAGGCUGCGGCGGUUGCUAAGAAGGAUCCUCCUUCCUCCUCUCUUCUAAGGCGCCCCUUUCUCUGCUUCCAAGGCUUCUGA